AUGGAACAAUCUAAUGUAAAUUUAAAACGUAGUUCUGAACUAUCUAAAGAUGAUAAUCAAAUUGAAUUUAUACAAGAUAAUCCAUGUUGUGCUUCUUCUUCAUCUUCUCCUCCUUUUCCUCCUCCUCAAAAUAUAAUAUUAUCAAAACAAGAACCAAGUGAUUUUAAUGAUAAUUCAAUUAAAGGUGAUUUAAUUAUAGACAGUUUACAAAUAUCUAAUUCGAAAUUAAAUACAAUUUCAAAUGAAGAUGUUCGAAGACAAUCAUGUGUACAUUCUGAACAAACAUUAAAUAUUGCUCAUCAUUUAUAUCCUACAACAUCUUUAUCGCAUACAUCAUCAGCUUUUUCAAGUUAUUUAAGAAUUCCAUCUAUUUAUGAACAAAUGAAUGAAACAGUUGUAUCAACACAUUCAGCUGAUUGGUCAAAAUCAUUACAUAGAUCAAGUUGUUUUAAUACACCACAAAGUUUAAGUGAAGAAGAUCAAAAAUUUACACAAGCAACAGUUCGUGCUGUAUUAGCUGCUAGUGCUAGAGAAUCUCGUACAGCAUUAACUGAUUUACCAUUAGAUUUUUUUACAAAUAAUUCUGAUUUAUCUAAUAUUGAUAAUAAAUUAAAUUCAUUAUCAGUUCAACAAUUAUCUCAUAGAAAUUUAUCUACUGAAAGCGCAUUAAAUGUUAAUAGAUUAAAUUUACCAUCAUCAAAAUUUCGUGAUGAAUGUAAAGAACGUCGAACUAAUCGAAAAUUUAGUGCACUUUAUGUUCAUAGUUUUGAUGAUACAAUACAUGAUAGUGUAUUAUUAUUGAAAAGAGAUAAAUCACCAAUUCCUACUACAUCAUUGAAUUCUAAUAAUAUUAUACUUAAUAGUGCUACUAAUCUAUCCAAUUCUAUACAAUUACCUCAUAUACAAUCAUCAAAUAAAAAUAUUCUGAUUACUACUAAACAAAAUCCUAAAUCAUUAAAAAAUUUAGCUAGACAAACAUCACAUUCAAUAAAUAGACCAUUAAAACGUUUAGCUGCUAGUUUUCGUUUAACUAAAAAUAUUAAACAUUCAGCAUCAGUGAAUUAUAAACAACAUUCUUGUACGAAUGUCCCUUUCAAAUCUGGUAUUGUUUCCAGUUGGAAUUCUGUUUCAAAUUGUAUUGAUUCCAUACAAAAUACUUCAAACACUACUACUACUACUAAUAAUAAUAAUGAUAUCAGUAGUAAUAAUAAUGGGAACAAUAUACGUACACGUAAUGUAAUUCUUCAAACAGAUCAAGAUUUUAUUAAUGAAUUUAAACAUGAUAAAUGUUUACAUAAAGGACAUUUAUCAUUAAAUGAUUCAAUGGAUCAUGAAACGGAUAGUUUAUUAAGUCAAGAUGAUAAACCAGGUGGUAGUUCAUUUCAUUUAAAAGAACAAUUUUUUGCAUUUUUUCAACCAACUGGUAAUAAAUUAGCAAUGAAAUUAUUUGGUACUAAAUUAGCAUUAGAUAGAGAAAGAUUAAGACAAGAACAACAAGGUGAUUGGAUUAUACAUCCUUGUAGUAAUUUUCGUUUACUUAUGGAAACCUAA